AUGAAGUUCUUAGCCGGGGGGGCACGCGAUCAGGCCGCCCACCUCGAGCGUGAGAUGCGCGAAGAACUGCGCACCCGGAAUGCUGCUCAGGCCGACUUAUAUCUGCGGAAUAAGACGGCAUAUGAGAAGGCGAAGACCGAUUAUGACGCUCUGUCAGCCGAAGCUAAGGCAGCCGCGACCGAACCGGUCCGGCCGGAGCCGCAUGUGGACGCAGAGGUCUAUGAUCAGCCGGUCGAGAAGUUCUGGGCUAUGAUGGAAAAGCUUUAUCCAGAGAAGUCAACGACUCGGAUGGAUGAGUUCCGCUAUUUUGCGCGACGCUCCGAGGAGACUAUCGCUAGCCUCGUACAGCGCAUGCAGUCAUUGAAGCAUGCCCUCGACCGCCCAGAGGAGAUGGCCGUAUUCAAGCUCAUAGGAGCUAUGCCCCGCCACUUGGGCGAGGAAGUUACGCGCCAGUUGAACGCCACAGCCAUGGAGCCUGAGGAAUGGACCAUUGAGCUCUACGGCCACAUGGCCGCGCAGUGCACAGACAAGCAAGCCGAGGUCUCUCGACCUGGCGCCCCCAAGAUGUGGUGCGAUAUCCACAAGCUGGAUUCGCAUACCACUGCUGAUUGCCGAGCCGCCCCGCGCGCCAAGAGCGCCAGGCCGGCCGCUGCCCGGGCUGCUCAGGCACCCGCUAAGGACGAUCGGGGUUUGCCCGAACCUACCCUGGCACAGCUCAAGGAGCUUUGGGAGGCUCAUCACAACCCAAAUGCCUACAAGGCCACGAUUGUUCCUGCACUUGGCGCCCAUGUAGCACCGGUGCACUCACGACUUACCAAGAGAAUUGUGGACAAGGAUGAGAGGCUCAGAGGGCCGUUGGACAAUAUGCAGCUCAACUUCAUCCCAAGGGACUUCCUGCGCGAGCCGCACAGGCCGCCGCCUGGAAUGAUGACGGUACCUGAGGGUAUGGUGCCUGUCCUCGAAGCCGAGCCGGAUGCGCGCACUGCGCCAGAGCCUGUUCACCCUGAGCUGGUACCAGUUGAGAUUGCUCCUGGUCCGACCAACGACCAGGCUGUGCUGCCGUCCCUUGAGACGCCGCCGCCUGCGCCUAAUACUGUCACUGAUGACACACUGCCCGCCAGCUUCACUGAGCUGCCGGCAGAUGCACCCGCGCGCCAGGGCAUGGUGUACGCACCAAGUGUGCCACAGCCCGCGCUGACACCUGAGCAGGAGACUGCGCCGACGCGCCGAGGCAAGCCUCGGGCCGCGCUUGCUACCUCUCAGGACUUGUACAAUCCAGAGAACCCGAACAUUAGUGCGCUGCUCAGCCACUUGCCAGGAAGCUAUCACAGCGACCAAACGGCCGGGUUCCACCGCUCGCCGCGCAUUGACAACUCAGGGCUGAAGCCUGCGAUGCUGAUCAAUGGGCGCGCGCUGAACAACUUGCUGCUGGACAGCGGAGCCGAGGCCGCAGGUCGCUCGGGCGCUGCCGCUAUGGGUAUCACACCCGACGUGAUCGCUCCGAAUGCUAUCAUGAUCCGCACCGCUACCGGUAACUUGACCGAGCGGUUGGAUCGAACGAAGGAGCCAGUCAGCUUUGUGCUGAACCCUAGUACCGCCGACGAAGUCACUGUCACGGCGCAUGUGGUUAUUGUAAACCAGCAGGCCGCCGACACACUGAUCGGUAUGAGUAUCAUUGGACCCGUGGGUCUUGAUCCCAGCUUCAGGAAGAAGCGCGUCAAAUACUACCUUGAAGGAGAUGGACAAGCGCCCCGCAAGUGCUUCUUGCGCGCCAAGUUUCCAGUCGAUUACGAUUCUCCCUUCGCCAAUCCAGGCGGCCAGGUGCUUCAAGCCCUCGUCGGCACUGUGAUAUCUCGGAUUCCGAGCCCGCGCAAUGCGCAAGACAUUGAGUUCGCUCGCAGCCGCAUCGCAACCUUUCAGGCAAAGGCUCUGCCAAAGAUCACUGAUAUCUUUGACCGAAGCAUGCGCGUGCUAGCCACUCCAGACAGGGCCCCUCCUAAGAUUCGGAACCCUGCAUACCAGCACCUGCGGCCCCUGAGCCAAAACCUGGUUGACCUGAAAGACAAGCUGGCCACACCUGGACCAGGCUUGGUGGUCUUGGAGCUGUUCUCCGGCCUCAUGGCCACAACCGAAGCGCUGUGGCGCCAAGGGAUUACCAAAGCUGAUGGCUCUUGGGAUGAACCCACCGCUCUGGAACGCGAGCGCGCUAUGGGCUUCAUGGACGGGACCACUCACGUCUGUCCCUCCAUCUCUGAGGCGGAUCGGCGACGGAUCCUGGGAAGCACGAUGGACAUGCACAGCCUCCACUUUCUGGUUGGCAGCAUCCACUGCUUCCAGGCAGCCUUUUUCACCGAUUGA